AAACAGUAAAUAAACCCUUCAACAUUUUCUCAUUUUCACUAUUCAAAAACCCAAGCUUGAAAUCUUUAUUUAAAAAAAAUAAAAUACCAACAACAAUGGAAUAAUUCAUCAAGAAUCCACAAAAAAUGGGUUUGCCUACAAAGCCAUUUUGCAUAUUCUCUCUUUUCUUAGUUAUAUUUACCAUUUUCAAGCUAACCCCACAAGCUAAAUCUGAUUCUGACUACACUAAGUUGAUUUACAAGGGUUGUGCAAAGCAAGAUUUAUCAGAUCCAUCUGGGGUUUACUCACAAGCUCUUUCUUCCCUUUUUGGCACUCUUGUUUCACAGUCCUCAAAGUCCAAGUUCUAUAAGACUAGUACUGGUAGUGGGCAAUCUACAAUUUCUGGUCUUUUUCAGUGUAGAGGUGACCUUUCUAAUGUUGAUUGCUAUAAAUGUGUUAGUGGUUUGCCAAUACUCAUAGAUAAGUUAUGUGGUAGCAAGCCUGUUGCUGCAAGAGUCCAGCUUUAUGGCUGUUACAUGCUCUAUGAGGUUUCUGGUUUCCCUCAAAUCUCUGGAAUGGAGAUGCUGUUCAAGACUUGUAGUGGGAAAAAUGCUCCAGGUAGUGGGUUUGAGGAAAGAAGGGAUACUGCUUUUUCCACAUUGGAAAAUGGCAUGGCUAGUAGCAAUGGCUUCUACACAACAAGCUAUCAGUCUGUUUAUACCAUGGGGCAAUGUGAAGGGGAUGUUGGCUCCGCUGAUUGUGCUGAUUGUGUGAAAAAUGCUGUCCAAAAAGCUCAGGUGGAAUGUGGAAGCUCCGUCUCUGGCCAAAUCUUCCUGCACAAAUGUUUUAUUGGUUAUAGUAAUUCUCCAAAUGGGGUCCCUAGAACAUCAUCGUCGUCUUCAGAUUGGUCCCCUUCUUCAUCUUCAGGGUCAGGGCAAAAUGUGGGGAAGACAGUGGCUAUAAUACUAGGAGGGGUAGCUGGAGUGGGGUUUAUACUCAUAUGCGUGCUGUUUGCAAGGAAUCUAAUGAAGAAACAUGACGAUUAUUGAAGGAGUCAGACUUGUUUACUAUGACCGGCAAUGCUUUCCUGAGUCCAGUCAAACUCCAAUACUGACAGUAACUCAUCAGAAACUCCAAGACUAACAGCAAGGUUUAUCAUAUUCAACAGUUCAUUGCAUAUGUUUUAUCCCCUCAACUCGGAAAGGUGAAAAAGAACUGAGGACACGGGGAUGGCAAGGAAGUCUUCGAUGGUUCAUUUUGUGAUAAAGAAGGGAGAAGAGAGUCUUGUAUGCCUCAGAUUGUCGGAGUUGGCCUCACUUUUGUGAGUAAGAACUGAUUCUUAGUUUUUUACUGGAUCGUCAACUGGCGUAUAUUCAUCCUAGCUUGCUUUGUAUUAAUCUCUGGAACAUCUUGUAUUACCUAACAGCAUAUUUUGCUAACUUGCACAAGGUUUAUGAUUCAUAAUGAGCAUUUGGCCUGUGGAAA